UUGAGGACACCAUUAUUUGGAAAAAUCUACCCAUUUUUCCAACAUCUCUAUUACUUAUACCUUUCACAGGUCAUUUCGAUAAUCUGUGUCGCCGUCUGGGCGAUAAACAUAGGCCACUUCAAUGAUCCAGCACACGGUGGCUCUUGGUUUCGCGGAGCCAUCUACUACUUUAAAAUCGCCGUAGCUCUUGCAGUGGCCGCUAUACCGGAAGGUUUGCCAGCCGUGAUCACGACCUGUUUGGCUUUAGGAACUCGAAGAAUGGCGGCAAAGAAUGCCAUCGUCCGCUCACUUCCUAGCGUUGAGACCCUAGGCUGCACAAGCGUCAUCUGCUCGGACAAGACGGGAACUCUGACCACAAAUCAGAUGAGCGUGUGCAGAAUGUUUAUCUUCACCAAAGCUGAGGAGAAGGAAUGCGAGACAAUGCACUUUGAAAUAACGGGGUCAAAAUAUGCACCAGAAGGAGAAGUGUAA